UGCUCAAUGUUCACGCCCCCUCUCAGCUCUGGCACAGCUCGUGCACCGGUGUGGUUACAGGGGGAUGGAGUAGCGUUUUAGAUGAAGGAAGGCAUGGAUACCAUUGAAGAAAAACCAAGCAAAACAGUGGACAUAUACCGUGAUACAUGGGUCCGCUUCCUAGGCUACUCCAAUGAGGUGGGAGAGGCUUUUCGGGCGCUGGUGCCGCCGAGUUUUGUGUGGGGCAGCUAUGCUGUGGCCACUGCAUACGUCACUGCUGAUGCUGUGGACAAAGGGAAGAAAGCAGCUGUGGCCCACGGGGACAACCCGGGGAAGACAACACGGGUAGCGGUGGCGGUGGUGGACACGUUCGUGUGGCAGGCCCUUGCCUCUGUGAUAAUCCCGGGCUUCACCAUUAACCGCGUGUGUGCUGCGUCACUAUACCUGCUGGGCAAAAGCACCAAGUGGCCCCUUACUGUCCGCAAGUGGACCACCACAGCAAUAGGCCUCUCUACAAUCCCCUUCAUCAUCACUCCUAUUGACAGGUCAGUGGAUUACCUGCUGGAUUCCAGCCUUCGGAAGGUCUACAAUGAGGAAGAAAAGCACAAAUAAAAAAGGGAUCAUGCAGGUGAAAUGGUCCUCUCCGUGUCAGGGACAAGUCCAGUCGAAGCAGACCGGUGCUGAUUAUUCCACACUGUGAAGCACUAAAGAAAUGUGAAGAAGGAUUUCAUGGAGCUUGACUCUACGGCCAGUCCAAGAUAGAGACAUACAAUUGAUUUCAUUUCAAAAGUUUAUAACUUUCAACAGUAAGUUAAGUUGUUAAAAAUGAAAUCCUUCUUCUUUGAGGAUCCUUAAAUUUAACCCCACAGGGCAUUCUGGGUAGUGACACCAGGAGUUAUAAGCAGGGAUAUAACCGUAUUAAAAGGAAUAAAAAAGUCAGCUUUAUACGGUGAAAUCCUUGUUAAAGAAUUAUUUGGCAGAAAUAUAGUUAGAAGCACUAUAGUAGAGUGCUGUUAUGUCCUGUGAUCCUCCUCACAGACAAACCCUACCUACACUGUAGAGUCUUCACCUCAUGUCCAGGAGAUAUCCACUCCUCCUGUGUUUGUUAGCCAUAGUCAGUAGUACUGUAAUGACAGGCCCAAUAACCGUCUCUUCCAUUGCUCACUUCAAAACGUCUUCAGCUGUAUUCUUGUUUUUUUCUAUACAGAGAUGUCUGUUACUUGGAGCAAGCUGUUCCAAGAGAUGCACUUUUACAUGGUUUCAUUCUAUGGUAUUGUUAAACAUGUGAGCCUGCGCUGGGAGCAUCUUUCUCACCGUGGUUACAUUCUGUUUUCUCUAAAUGGUUUACGGGUCUGUGAGACUUGUGCAGUCAGUCAACCUCACAAGUCUUUCAAAAUUAUUACUCAGUUUAAGUUUUCUCAUCUUUUACAUUUCUCUGAAAAUCUUCUAUAUGUCUAGUUUGAAAAUGUUAUCUAUACAAGAUUUGUUAUUUAAAACUGUCUUUUCUGCAUCAGGAGUCCACAUGUUUUCAUUAGUGUUGUAGUACUCCAAAAUCGGUCUUGGUCUCAAGCCACUUUUGAAGACCUAGUCUCUGUCUCGUGUCCGUUACUCGGUCUUGUGUCAGUCUCAGACUGGGUGGACUUGGAUUUUAAAUCAAGACCUCUCAAGACCACCACUGAUAGGCUUCUUUCAUUACUGUGAUUAGAAGGAAAAUGCCCCUUUCUAAAAGAACUAAUAAUUUCAAUUAAUUCAUAAUUCAAUUUUUAUUCCACAUUUGAUGAUAUUUAUGAUCGUGGUCUUGACUUGGUCUCGAUCCCUAAAUGUCUCGGUCUUGGGUAUGUCUUUGUCUUGGUUGGUGUGUUCUUGACUACAACGCUAGUGUUGAUUAUGUUUGGCUCAAGAUAAAAUGGUGACAUCAUUUAAAAAACUGUUAUAAAGAAAUAUAUAUAGCUAAAUCCUUUGAGUUUGAAACUUUACACAUAAAAUCAAGCUUUAAACACGUUUCCCUCCUUUGAUGCAAAAGAGUAGAUGCAAUAUAUUUUUCUCUAAAACGUCGAGGUCAGUGUCAUUCAAAUGCAGGAAAGGGAUUAUUUUAGAAAUACUCAGAUGAUUUAUAUUUAUGUUAUUUGAAGAGCCAUAAAACUGUAUAUAGUGUAUCUCAUCUUGAGCUAUGCAAGGGAAACAAUUUGUUGUGUUAAACAUGAGCUCUACAAACUUACGGGAUUGUUGACACACUUUAUAAAAGGCUUGUCGUUACAUAAUGGUUAAAUGUGGGGACGUGAGAAGGAAAAUCUUAUGCAAAUAAAUAGGAGCUUAAAAUUGGGAUGGGCAGUCACAAAGGCAUCGAGGGACGCCCUGCAUUGGGAAUGGUUACCGUUUCACAUGAUGGAGUAUGUAUACACAAAUGUAGCAUUUUUGCAAUACUUAGUGUAAUGUUUUAGUGUUUCACUGUCCUCUCUGCUAUUCAAGCACAAGAGUUGGAUAAAGUAGAAAAAACUGCUGCGUGGAAAAUCGUCCUGGUUGUAGGCAUCCUGUUGGUGUCUCUUGUGGGUUCUGUGAGCAUGGCUUAUUAUUAUUGUGUCUGGAGGGGAGGCAGGAUUCACUAUCAGGCUCAGAAGGAGGGCUUCUCCUAAAAUAAAGUACCCCCCCUGAGUAAAAACCUUAAUUUCGUAGUUUUUCUCCAACACUAGGCCAUGGACUAUACAAUGGAACAUGAUUGGGGUCACUUUCUGUCAACAGCUUCUACGAGAGGGUACAGAUUCUUAAAACAGUUGUGGGUGCUUCUGGUUGAUUUGAUUAAGUGUGUGUGUUUUUAGUCUGGGCAGUCAAAUACUUUAAAGCACAUCAGGCUUUGAAGCUCAUGAAUGUGAAAAUGUACUUUACCUACGAAGAGUAGUUAGAAGGAAUGUUUAACUGCAUGUGAUUUCUGAAACUAGUAAUGUACAAAGAGUGUCUAAAAACGGGUCCGAAAGAUCAAUCAAAUUGUAUUUGUACAGUGCAAAUGAUAUUUCAUGACACUUUCCAAAAAGAGCAGGUUUAGAUAGUUUCCCUUAUUUACACGGACCCACCAUGAGCGCAGCAUUUAGCAAAGUAAGAGUGGCAUGGAUAAACGGGCAGAAAAGUAUGUUACAGAUUAGUGCCUCUAAAUGCCUAAUAAACCCUUACGAUGUCUAGUCUGACAUUUGAAAUCAGAUGUUAAAAGGGCUGGACAUGAGUUUUGUGUGAACAGCUUUAGUCAAACUCUUGAGGACAAAGCAGUUCCUGCAAUUGCCACUAGAGGUCAGCACUAACAUUAGGUUUGCAAUAUUUUCCCUCACUGGAAGAAUAACUAAACACUUUAAGGGUUAUACUUUCAUAUUUUUGUAUUUCAAAACAUGGAUUUGCACUCUGAUCUGAAAUUGUAAGACUCCAACCUUAUUUAAUGUGUUGGAUCCUUUUUUAUUAUUCAUCACUUGAAAAUGUGUAAAUCAUAUAAUAUCAAAA